UGUAAUCUAAUUUAUUCAAGUUGAAGAGACUUGCACAUUAUUUAAAAAGUAUAAAAUGAAGUCACAGUCAUCAAAAAUACAGUACAGUGUGUUUUGUACAGUAAUUAGGGUGAUUUUCUCAGGAGACUUAGUCACAUAGCAUGCAACAUUUAAAAUGUGUCUUCCUCAGCCAAGAGCAACAAAGUGAGACCAGCCAAGAGUCAGUCAUAUGACCACCGGCAAAGUUGCCAGUGCAGUUUUUCCAUUUCAUGUGCCCUGUGGAAGGGCAAAAGUGGAAAAGCAGACCCAAUUGGAAUGGGCAAAAGUGGAAAAGCAGACUCAAUUGGAAUGCUAGUUUUUUUCACAUUGUGUAAGUUAACGGUACAACAGCUGCUAUAUGCUAAAUUAUCACUAGUUAUGGGACUUUAGUUACAGUACUUGAAUUUCCCCCCAAUCCAACUUCUUAAAAUGUAUUGAAAUACCAACUAGCAAUAAGUUAAUUUCUCCAGUGUAAUUGAAUAGUCUAACUUGGUAUCUUACUCCUUAACUGAUUUUGACUAAAAUUAUAAUAUUUACAGGAAAAAAAAAAGUUCAGAGUUAAAAGACUACCGUGAAAGGGCAAAUGGUUUUAUGGACAAACUUUGAACUGCAUCUUCACUGUUCAUUACCUUACUGUAUUUACUAAGGAAGCUAAGAUCUCAUUUAAUUUUUGUGUGCUUUGCUUUGGUUCAAAACUAACAUCACAUUCUCAGAACUUGGUCAGGCCUUAAUCAAAUAAAAUGCUAUUGAGCUUCCACUUGGUCUUUCUACUCUGCUAAGCGCAAAGACAGUUCUGGAGAAAUCAGUCGUGGCUCAUGUCCUCAAGGAGUUGGUCAAAAGACAAGGCUUGGCGAAUAUGUACGUGCCAUGUCAAUGAACUGCUACAAUGGAAUAAACUUAUAAUAAUGCCUAACAUUUAUUGACUCCUCAUAAUAAGGCCAUAAACUUUGCAUGAAUUAACUCAUAGAAACGUUAUGACGUUGUAUUAUAAGCAAUCCUAAUUUGCAGAUGAGGACACUGAGGCUUAGGGAAGUUAUCUAACUUGCCUAAGGUUAAAGCAAUAUACUGCUUUUAUGGUUGCAUCUUUAGUAAUCUCUGGGGUUGCUGGGACUCCAGUGCGAGAAAGAGCCCGAAAUUCGCAAACUUGGAUGAUGGGGAAGAAAAGGCGUGCUAAACUCAGGUCACAGAGGUCCAGUCUUAAUCUUGUUCCUCUGCAAGCCUUGUUGCUCACACCUCUUGAUCGACAGUUCGAGGCAAGUGCUCACAGCAAACUUACUCUAUGUAAGCCAAGGCCAGAUGUGGGGAGAAAGGGCUGAGAAAUGUUAGAAACGUGAACGCAGUCCAGGCGGGAGAAGAGAAGGGGGCCUCGAGGGGUGCACCUAUGCAGCCCCCACACACGCCAGGCACUAAUUUGGAAAAGCAACAAGCUUGGCGGGAGAUCCUCCCGCGGCCGGAGGGCCCUGAACCCUAGGCCAAGACUCAUCCACAACCUAGGGGGAGGCGGCCACCAGCGCCCCAUCGAAGCUAAAGGGCUGACAGAAGGGCUGUAGCGGCAAGUGCGCGCCAACACAGCUGCACACGCCCAGACACCUGAGGCGCUGAGAGGAACUUCCCCGCGAUCCGCCCCGGCUGCGCAGAGCCUCUUCUCCCCGCCGGGGCCCCGCCCAGCCUCACUUCUUUUAAAAGCAGCAGCCAGCAGCGCGCCGGUGGCGUGCGGCUCGAAAGGCCGGGAGGACGUCAUCGACGCGCUGUCGAGCCUCCAGGCCGCCCGGGUUUCCUUCGCAGUCGCGCACCGACGCUCAAACGCGCGCUCCAACCCGCAGCCUCCUCCUGCCUCACCGCCCGAAGAUGGCGGCUCUCAAACUCCUCUCCUCCGGGCUUCGGCUCUGCGCCUCUGCCCGCGGAUCUGGGGGAACCUGGUACAAGGGAUGGGUUUGUUCCUUUUCCACCAGUGCUCAUCGCCAUACCAAGUUUUAUACAGAUCCAGUAGAAGCUGUAAAAGACAUCCCUGAUGGUGCCACGGUUUUGGUUGGUGGUUUUGGGCUAUGUGGAAUUCCAGAGAAUCUUAUAGAUGCUUUACUGAAAACUGGAGUAAAAGGACUAACUGCAGUCAGCAACAAUGCAGGGGUUGACAAUUUUGGUUUGGGGCUUUUGCUUCGGUCCAAGCAGAUAAAACGCAUGGUCUCUUCAUAUGUGGGAGAAAAUGCAGAAUUUGAACGACAGUACUUAUCUGGUGAAUUAGAAGUGGAGCUGACACCACAGGGCACACUUGCAGAGAGGAUCCGUGCAGGCGGGGCUGGAGUUCCUGCAUUUUACACCCCAACAGGGUAUGGGACCCUGGUACAAGAAGGAGGAUCACCCAUCAAAUACAACAAAGAUGGCAGUGUUGCCAUUGCCAGUAAGCCAAGAGAGGUGAGGGAGUUCAAUGGUCAGCACUUUAUUUUGGAGGAAGCAAUUACAGGGGAUUUUGCUUUGGUGAAAGCCUGGAAGGCGGACCGAGCAGGAAACGUGAUUUUCAGGAAAAGUGCAAGGAAUUUCAACUUGCCAAUGUGCAAAGCUGCAGAAACCACAGUGGUAGAGGUUGAAGAAAUUGUGGAUAUUGGAGCAUUUGCUCCAGAAGACAUCCAUAUUCCUCAGAUUUAUGUACAUCGCCUUAUAAAGGGAGAAAAAUAUGAGAAAAGAAUUGAGCGUUUAUCAAUCCGGAAAGAGGGAGAUGGGGAAGCCAAAUCUGCUAAACCUGGAGAUGACGUAAGGGAACGAAUCAUCAAGAGGGCCGCUCUUGAGUUCGAGGAUGGCAUGUAUGCUAAUUUGGGCAUAGGAAUCCCUCUCCUGGCCAGCAAUUUUAUCAGCCCAAAUAUAACUGUUCAUCUUCAAAGUGAAAAUGGAGUUCUGGGUUUGGGUCCAUAUCCACGACAACAUGAAGCUGAUGCAGAUCUCAUCAAUGCAGGCAAGGAAACAGUUACUAUUCUUCCAGGAGCCUCUUUUUUCUCCAGCGAUGAAUCAUUUGCAAUGAUUAGAGGUGGACAUGUCGAUCUGACAAUGCUAGGAGCGAUGCAGGUUUCCAAAUAUGGUGACCUGGCUAACUGGAUGAUACCUGGGAAGAUGGUGAAAGGAAUGGGAGGUGCUAUGGAUUUAGUGUCCAGUGCCAAAACCAAAGUGGUGGUCACCAUGGAGCAUUCUGCAAAGGGAAAUGCACAUAAAAUCAUGGAGAAAUGUACAUUACCAUUGACUGGAAAGCAAUGUGUCAACCGCAUUAUUACUGAAAAGGCUGUGUUUGAUGUGGACAAGAAGAAAGGGUUGACUCUGAUUGAGCUCUGGGAAGGCCUGACAGUGGAUGACGUACAGAAGAGUACUGGGUGUGAUUUUGCAGUUUCACCAAAACUCAUGCCAAUGCAGCAGAUCGCAAAUUGAAAUAUGGAUAUUUGUACCAGGCUGUGUGUUUUUCAUUUUAAACACACAAGAUUUAAUUGAAAGGACAUCAAUAAUCAUAAUUGUGUAUUUAACAGGUGGUUUUUUAUUAGUUUUCUUGUGUUUCAGACUUUAUGCAGCCAUAUAAACUGUUCUCUAGGCAUGCUGUGACAUUUUAAUAAAAAGCAAAAGGAGCAUUUAUAAUUAUCUCAUUUGUUACGGCUGAGAAGGUUGUUUUUAUAAUAGGUAAUUAUAUUGAAUGCAUUUUCACUGAAUAUGGUAUGUAUGCUAAAUUAUAUGAACCUUUCCCCAAGAAAGGCCCUAGAAAUUGAUGUGGCUUUCCUCUUAAAUAUUAAUUAUUAGUCCUGAAAGAAAGAUAACAUAUGUGAUUUUGUGGUUAGGAGAGUUGCUGUCAUGAUUGUUUUUUCUUCAGCCUCCUCUGACUUUUCUUUUGGGGCUUCAGAUUUUAUGAUUACAUCUUGUCCCCCUAGAACAUCCCCCUUCCUCCCAUACUGCUUUUAAACCGAUGCCCAAGAAGGCAAGCAGGAAUGUCUCUUGUGGGGGAGGGCAGGGAGAAAUAACUAGUUCAAACCAACUAUCUAUCUAUGCUUUGCAAAGACUAAGGCGUAUUAUAGGAAGAGGGCUAGAAACCUAACUGAUUCUUCUCAGUUUUCUCAUUUUAAAACAGCCCAGUAUUCCUUUGUAUCCUCAAGGGUCCUUGAGAAUACUUCUGUUAUUGAGACCCUGUGGGCUACUUGUACUGUACCUCCUCUCAAGCCAAGAAGGGCUGUGGGAUAAUUUACCAUGAAUCCUUAGUAGCAAUGACAGCAGAGUUAAAAAAUAAAAGGUGUUUUACUUUCAGGCUCUCGUUUUGGUUCAGAGGAGAUUUUAAAUAUUGAAUGACACUUCUACAGAACAACGGUUUUUCUUCUGCCAAGGCUACUUCCUUUAACGAAGUGCCUUUAAUUCAGCCUUAUCCAACUAGGGAAAAUAAUGUUGGACCAGUCUAGGAUUUGAAGAGUCAGUGAACUUUUAGUGUCAGGGAAUAAACAUGGUGGGUAGAUUAGGUUUGAAAGAAACUUCCUUAGAGGUAUUCUCAAUACCAGACAGGGGCCCAUGGGAAUGACUUCAGAAGCAUCCCGGAUAAUAGAUGGGUAAAAAGUCUAGGCACCCUGAAGUACAGGGGAGACAGCUGGCCUCUGGACAGAGGUAGGCAUAGUACAGUACAAUAUAUCAUUCCUCUGGUCCUAAAUAUACAAGCUUAUUCAUGUUUUUAGGUGAUGGUGGUCAUUGAAACUCACUUCUUUUCAGGUGUAGCUACAAUUGUGUAAUGUACAAUAUUAGAGAAAGGACAGGCUUUUUAUGAGUAACACACACCAUAUAUAAAACAGCCUUUCUGGCUGACCACAUGGUUAAAUGCGUACCUUCCCAGUACUGGGGGGAAAAAAUGACCCUUCUUAGAAUGUGCAAGUUCUAUGAGAGUAAUAUAUUGAUAUGAUUUUGAAAAGAAUUGUUGAUAGUUACAUCUUCAAACUUGCUUAUCAUUCCACUAUGCAUCUUUAAGAUAAUGUGAUUCUAAGUAGAUGACUUUAUAUUCUUGAUUAAAGAGUGCUAUACAUGUUAAGAAAUGCAUUAAGGAAUACAAUAAAUAUUCCAAAGUGAUGUA